AUGGCCGACACAGCCGGUGUUGAAGACGCCACAGUCACCUUUCAUGUCAAGUCGUCCGGCGGCCAGAAGUUCACCGUCACCCUGCCACUCUCGACGACCACGGCCGACCUGAAGAACAAACUCGCAGGCGAAGAAUAUGCAAACGUCCCAGCCUCCGCCCAACGACUGAUUUACAGUGGCAAAGUGCUGAAAGAUGGUGAUACACUAGCGACACACAAUGUAAAAGAAGGAAACACCAUGCAUCUUGUCAAGAGCGCCCCAAGCAAUCAGCGGCAGAACCCCGCGGCGCAGUCGUCUGGCUCGACCACCUCAUCAGGCCCACCUGCAGCAGCUGGAGUACCACAGAACCUUGCAUCAGGCACCGGCAACGAUCCCUUGGCUGGUCUGACUGGCGCGAGAUACGCUGGCUUCGCUCAGUUGCCGAACGCCAGCAUGUUCACAAACCCUCAGAGCCCCGAAGAUUUUAUCCGCCAACUCGAAGAUCCAAACUUCCAGCAGAUGAUGCGAGAAGCCAUGAACAACCCGCAAGUCAUAGACAUGAUGAUCAAUCAGAACCCGCAAUUGAGAAACAUGCCAGGUGUCAGGCAGAUCCUACAAUCAGACUAUUUCCGGAGGAUGAUGACAGAUCCCCAAGCCAUUCGCGCAAUGCUUCAGUUGCAAGGAGGCUCACCAAUGGGCCCUUUCGGUGGUGGUGCACAAGGAGCGUUCCCAGCCCCCGGAGUUACUAACACGACUGAAAACGCUGGAGAUCAGACAAACAACCAGACACAGCAACAGCAACAGCAACGACAACAACAACAGCCACGACGGGACCCGUUCGCAUCUUUUCUCGGCGGUGCGGGAAUGGGAGGAAUGGGAGGAACGGGAGGAAUGGGAGGAAUAGGUAUCAAUCCAUUUGCAAAUCCAUUCAUGCCCCAUGUUCCCUCUCCCAAUCAGAAUGCAUCAACGCCAGGCUCUACAAAUGCCGCUGGCACAGCAAAUGAAGCUGGAAGACCGAAUCCGCAAAACCAGCAGCAACAGAACCCUUUCGCUGCCCUGAUGGAUCCGGCAAUGUUUCGUCAACAACCGCCAGGUGGCAACACCGGCACAACUUCACCACCCCCUGCCAACCCGUUUGGAGCACCGAACCCAGAAGCGUUUAACCAGCUGCUGCAAGCACUUGGGGCCGGCGCUGGAAACGGAGGAGCCAACUUUGGGAAUCCCUUUGACUUCUUUGGUGGAGGAGGAGCAGGCGUAGAUCAAGCAUCUGCACCCGAUAACAGACCACCCGAGGAGCGAUAUGCCACACAAUUACAGCAGUUGAAUGACAUGGGCUUCUACGACUUUGACCGGAACAUUCAGGCACUGCGGAGGACCGGUGGCAGUGUGAAUGGGGCGAUUGAAUUCCUGCUCAAUAAUCCCUGA